AUGGGCAUGUUGUGUUGCCAUGCUAUCCAGGUCAUGCUAAAUUUGGGAGUUAGGGAGAUCCAACAUGUACACAUCAUGAAGAGAUGGACAAAGAAUGCUUGUGAGAACCUGCCAGAGCAUCUGAAGAUAUAUCAAGCAGGCAAUUCCGCACUGAAGGACGCAACUUACCGACACUCUAGCUUGUACAGUAAGGCACUCGAGAUUGUACAGAUGGGGGAUAAGAACACCGAAGCUUACAUAGCUGCAAUGAAGCAGUUACUAGAUGCAAUAAGUGUUCUAAACGAUACCAACCAGGAGAGUGAUGGGCUGGGAUUACAUGAUAAGGCAGCGGCUCCAGUGCACGACCAAGAUAUGCCUGUUACACCAGGAGCAAACAAACUGUCAGGAUCGAUGAAUGUUGUAUCACGCAAGAGGGACCGAGGCAGGCCAACAAAUGCAAGAGCAAAGCCAGGUUAUGAAAAUGUCAGUAAACCAAGAUCAAAGUUUUGCUCUGUGUGUAGAGGGAGGGGUCAUAAAGCAUCUAAAUGCCCCUCAUAUGGAGGCGCAACAAAGAAGCAAAGGAAAGUCCCGAAAUGUACCAAGUGCGACCUGGAAGGCCACAAGAGGAAUAGCUGCUCUGGAAGCUUGUUCGGCGUCUUCCAAUGA